AAAGGAAGGAGGAGCCCUUUGCCAACCACUCCAGCCAUGAAACCAGGCCUAGCAUCACUGAGCAAAUACCAGCGCCCGAGCCCAACUCCUUCACGGCAUCGGCCAGAAGAUUCAGUUGGCUCAGCAAGUCGGAGGAGCAGAAGGACGAGUCCCCUGCGUCGUGGCGGCUGGGGCUGCGCAAGNGGGCCAGCCACAACACGCUGAGCGAGGUCGCGGCCACGCGCGAGGCGCAGAGAGACAAGACCUCGUCAAUCUAUCGCUCCUCGUCCAGCCCUCGGAUCUCCGCGUUGUUGGACAACAAGGACAAGGAUAAGGACAACAAGAGCUAUCUCGCCACAAUAGCCCCCAGAAGACUCAGCAGUGCGAGCGAUAUAGAAGAAAAGGAAAACAGAGAAUCGGCCGUGAACCUGGUGCGCAGCGGCUCGUACACCCGGCAGCCGUGGAGGGAUGAAUCGAAGGGAAACGAAGCUCCCCAUUCUGGUGCACCCACUACCUACGUGUCCACCUACUUGAAAAGUGCUUCAUUUGGUAGAAGUAGUGACCUCAGCAGCCCCUACAUUGCAGCCAGUCGCAAUACAUCUCUGGCUACCUCGCCCACUGCCUUUGGCUCAUCCGCCUCGCUGGGCGCCCCGUGGCAACCUGUCUCUUCCUGCCCCACACCUCUCGGUGCGAACACUGCUGCCUCAGCCCACCAAUAUACCAGAGCCCCUUUCAGGCACCAAACUGAUUCUGCCGUAGAGAAAAAUACAGAGGGCAUCUCUGCUAGCACCCCCCUAGGUGUAAUCACAAAUCGUGCUGUACUCGGCUCUGCUAACGGUAUUGCCAAUGCCGGUGCCGCCUCAACCGCAGGAAAGGACUGCUCAGCUGAGGAAGCCAGGGAGCGCAGAAGGUCGUAUCUGACUCCGGUGCGGGAUGAGGAAGCAGAGUCCCUGAGGAAGGCCCGAUCCAGGCAGGCCCGGCAGACGCGCAGGUCCACGCAGGGUGUGACGCUGACAGACCUUCAGGAGGCAGAGCGGACCUUCAGCCGGUCACGGGCAGAGCGGCAAGCGCAGGAACAGCAAAGCGAGAAAGCAGAGACCACUGAGCCCGCAGAGGACAGCAGCGAGAGGCAGGAGACCCGCUCACGGUGGAGCAGAAACACCGAUGAGGAGACUGUCUAUCGGCGAUUAAGGUGCCCGGUACAGCCAGACAAACCUACGACGCCUGUGUCUCCUUCGACGUCAGCGCCUCUGCUUUACACAAGCUCGUACCUGACUCGAACAAAUAAAUAUCUCGGUCUUGACUCUGUGAAUCCUGCAGACUUCAGAGGUGCAGCCACAGAGAUGGAGAAAAACGAGUGCGAGGAUCAGGACGUAGAUGACAGAUCUCUGAACAAACAGUCGAUCCGAGAGAGGCGGCGGCCAAAGGAGAGGCGAAGAGGCACCGGCAUCAUUUUCUCGACAAAAGAUGACGAUGAUGAAGUCGAUGGAAAUGAGGACGUGAAGGAAACUCGG